UCCGCCCCCCUCUCACCGAUCCUGAAGAGCUCGUUGCGAAGGGACCGGGCGGAUUACUUCCUCCAGCGGCGGUGCGGAGCGCAGGGCAGCCGCAACCCCGAGCGCCCGGAGCCUCCCGUUCGCCUGCUCGACUGCCCGCCCGCCUGACCGCCUGCCUGCCCUCGCCCCGGCCUCCCGGAGCGCCCCACCCGCGCCUCGGCCCCGGCCCAGCCGCGAUCGCACCGAGAAGCCCGGGCCCGAGCAGCUGCCGCCCGACCGCGCGCCGGCCCUGCCAGAAGCGGCGCGAUGAAUGAUUUUGGAAUCAAGAACAUGGACCAGGUGGCCCCUGUGUCUAACAGCUACAGAGGGACACUCAAGCGCCAGCCAGCCUUUGACACCCUGGACGGGUCCCUGUUUGCCAUCUUCCCCUCCCUGAACGAGAAGCAAGCGCUCCAAGAGGUGCCCACGGGCUUGGACUCCAUCUCCCACGAUGCGGCCAGCUGUGAGCUGCCCCUGCUCACCCCCUGCAGCAAGGCCGUGAUGAGUCAGGCCUUGAAAGCCACCUUCAGCGGCUUCAAGAAGGAGCAGCGCCGGCUGGGAAUCCCCAAGAACCCCUGGCUGUGGACGGAGCAGCAGGUCUGCCAGUGGCUGCUCUGGGCAACCAACGAGUUCAGCCUGGUGAACGUCAACCUGCAGAGGUUCGGCAUGAACGGCCAGGUGUUGUGUAACCUGGGCAAGGAGCGUUUCCUGGAGCUGGCACCGGACUUUGUGGGCGACAUUCUGUGGGAGCACCUGGAGCAGAUGAUCAAAGAAAACCAGGAGAAGGCAGAAGAUCAGUACGAAGAGGAUUCCCACCUCAACUCCGUCCCUCACUGGAUCAACAGCAAUUCACUAGGGUUUGGCGUGGAGCAGACGCCGUACGGGAUGCAGACGCCAAGUUUCCCCAAAGGCGGGCUCCUGGACAACAUGUGUCCCUCCGCGGCGGCGCCCGGCAGCCUCGGUGCCGAGCAGGAGUUUCAGAUGUUCCCCAAGUCGCGGCUCAGCGCGGUCAACGUCAGCUACUGCCCCGUCAGCCAGGACUUCGCGGGCGGCGGCUUGAGCCUGAUCCCCAACGGCGCUGGGAAGGCCGGAGACCCGGACGCCCCCGAGAACGGCAGGGACAGCAGCUUCGAGAGCUCGGACUCGCUGCUGCAGUCCUGGAACAGCCAGUCGUCGCUGCUGGAGCAGCGGGUGCCGUCCUUCGAGAGCUGCGAGGACGAGUGCAGCCAGGCCCUGGGCCUCAGCAAGCCGACCAUGUCUUUCAAGGAUUACAUCCAGGAGAGGAGCGACCCGGUGGAGCAGGGCAAACCGGUCAUACCUGCGGCCGUGCUGGCCGGCUUCACAGGAAGCGGGCCCAUCCAGCUGUGGCAGUUUCUCCUGGAGUUACUCUCUGACAAGUCCUGCCAGUCGUUCAUCAGCUGGACCGGCGACGGAUGGGAGUUCAAGCUCGCUGACCCCGAUGAGGUGGCCCGCCGGUGGGGAAAGAGGAAAAACAAGCCCAAGAUGAACUACGAGAAGCUGAGCCGGGGCCUGCGCUAUUACUACGACAAGAACAUCAUCCACAAGACGUCGGGCAAACGCUACGUGUACCGCUUCGUGUGCGACCUGCAGAACCUGCUGGGCUUCACGCCCGAGGAGCUGCACGCCAUCCUGGGCGUCCAGCCGGACACGGAGGACUGAGGCCCCGGGGGGGGGCCGCCCACGGGGUCCUCCUGACCGACUGUCCCCGGGCCCCUGCCAGGCCGAUGAUGGAACACUCCAGGGAAGUCGCCGAGAAGCAGUGGCCUUAACUCCGUCGGAAACCGCAGCUCUUCGCCCAGAGCAGCCCGGCGUGUCGCUUCUGAAGCCUGCGGGUGGGGAAAAGCUAUUUAUGACGCAGUCGCGUGACCGUGGCCCCCCGUGGGGGCCCGCUCCGGGGCGGGCUGCGUGGCCCUGCCGCUCCGGCCGGGCUGUCGGGCAUUCUCCGAGGAGCGAACACGUCGUGGACACACACCUUUUUUUUUUUUUUUCUUCCCACUUUCGUUGGCCUUUGGCAACCAGGAGUCACAAAAGCCAAAAGCGGCCUCUGUUUCAGAGGGCAGGAGGGGCCAGGAAGCAAAGUGCCAUUUCAGAAGUGGGUUUGUACAUACGACUGUAAUCUUCUCAUUGUUACCAGAAUCCUCUCACAGGUCUAUUUAACAGAAAUUGUAUAUUGUAAUUUAAAAUAAUUAUAUUACUGUAUGUGAAAUAAGGAUGCAAGGUUUAUUCCCCUUUUCGAGAGCACAGACAGCGUUUUGCAAACGUCGACUCUGCCGCAGCGGGCCAAGGAUGUGUAAGAUAAGGUGUGCGUUAUUUACAGCGACUUGGCCUGCAGGACAGAGGUCUGAGAGGGUUCAUCCCUGGUGUUUUGUUUUGUUUUGUUUUGCCCGGGUUGUAUCUGGCAAGGACUUUGUACAUUUGGGAAUUUUUAUAAGAAACUUAAUGUUAUUAUCUGGGGGCACACCUGGCCUCUGGUUUCUCCUUUAAUUGUCAUGUAAAAGCUAUAAAGCAGUAUUUUUCUUGACAAAUGCCAUAUGUUUUCCAUUCCUAUGCAUGCCUUUCAACUCAGUGGACGCACAGAGUUUUCUUUCCCGACCCCAUUGUGUUUCCCCCACAACUCACCUCCCCGACCAGCCACGGCCAACCCCGUGCCCCGUUCCCGAGCCCCAGAUGACGCUGGAGGAUUAAAAUAGGAAAACUAAUGUUGGAAAGACGCGACUCCUUUUCAGAGAGCAGGAGGGGUUUACGUACCAGCUAUUUUUACCAUAAAAGUAAUGCACUGGGAGAAAAAUGUAAGAACGCUUCGUUUUGUGUCUCAGCCGCACACAGAGUUACCCACCGUGCGGGGCUGAAGGUCAGGGGGCAGGGGACGCCACAGGAACACGCUCAGACACGAACGCAGCCCGCCGUCCCGUCCGUGUUUUGGGCCGUCAGGACCCCACGCCGCUCCUUUCUGCGCAGCGGCCACGGCGACGUAGGCUUGUCCUUUUCUUACGUUUCGGACGCUGAGUGCCCAGAGGCGCAGGGUGUAAGCAAGCGUGGCUGGAGAGGAUGCAUCGAACCGGUUCUCGGUAGGAAGAUGUUCCAGCGAGCGCCCUGGAGACGUGCGGCAGAUUCUAAGGUGCUCCCUGGCCAGCGCGUGUUCCUGGCCUUCGUGAACGAUCCGGCCCCCGAGGGUGGGCAAGUCAGACAGGUGGCCCUGAGCAGCGCGAGGGGACACCUGGACCCGUCCCUGUGCCACCCCCUCGUGCUCGGCGAGAGAGAGAGGAGCUGAUAAACGCAGCACUGCCUCCAGAAGAGCCACACGGGGCAGUUCCCAGUGACUCGGAACAGGACAAGGAUCUGGGGACCGCUCGGAUGUCUGUCUGUCUGUCUGUCUGUCUGUCUGUGACAUCGACAGACGUGACUGGGAACACGCUGCCUGCCAACACGGAUCUCAGCCGCUGCUCACUUUGUUUGGGGUCGAACCACCCGGAGCCAAUGUUUAACUUUUUUUUUUUACUGACCGAGUUGGCAGCGUCACGCAACCCGACCCAAGAGGGACGGGCACUGAAGUCCCUUUGUCAACCUCCGGCGCAGCGAUGGGCAGAACUUAAGCAGAAAAGUUUUGCGAUUUGGCCGUUUCUUUCCCAAAUAAUAAACUAUUUUGUUUAUAUAA